AUGUCUCAAAGAAUCGGGAACAGUGCUGUGGCAUUAACCAGAGUGUGGCAUCAUGUGGAUGUUGCUGCUGAAGAAAGAACACUCGGUAGAUUGGCGUCAAGCAUAGCACUUACGUUACAAGGGAAACAUAAGCCCACCUACACACCCAAUAGAGAUCAUGGAGAUUACGUGGUUGUGACCAACUGUUCUCAUUUAAAGUUCUCUGGUAAUAAGUUACAGGAUAAGACAUACUGGUCUCAUAACACCCGUCCAGGGUCAUUAAAGUUGGUACCCAUGGAGAAGAUGAUUGAGAACAAAGGGUAUGGAGAAGUAUUACGUAGAGCAGUCAAGGGGAUGAUACCUAAGAAUAAGUUAAGAUUAGUAAGAAUGGAUAGAUUGAAAUUAUAUGAUGGAGAUGAGCAUCCUUAUAAGCAGAACUUGGUUGCAUUUGCAGAUGAGAAUAAAGAAAUGAGGGCUAAAUUAGAUCAAUUGGAACAGAAUGAAGCUCGACUUGAUCAACUUCGGGUGAAGUUUGGAAUUACCAAAUAG